UUGUACGACUGGAUCGGACCAUGGAGCAGAUCGUCUUUCCUGUCCCAAACAUCUGUGAGUUCCUAACCCAAGAGUCCAAGCUGCGUGUUUACUACACUACAGAGAGAGAUGAGCAAGGCAGCAAAAUCAAUGAUUUCUUCUUACGCUCUGAGGAUCUCUUCAAUGAGAUGAUCUGGCAGAAAAAGUUAAGAGCCCAGCCCAUCUUGUACUGGUGUUCCAGAAACAUGUCGUUCUGGAGUAGCAUUUCUUUUAACCUGGCUGUGCUUGUAAACCUGUUAGUGGCCUUUUUCUACCCUCUGGAGGGCAUCGGAGGAGGUAAGUUACCCGUUUCCCAACACACGUUCAAACUUUUCUGA